UACAAGUAAGGGGGCUUCGUCCUCCCAAAAACCCUACAUAAACCCCAAGCAGUGAAGAACGGUUCUCUUUUGCGGGAGAAAUCAGUCGCCCCAAAUUCCGUCGACCGGAGCUAUCAUUCGUCUGCCGGAGGGAGUCGCACGGGCGGGGUGAAGAGAUGGACCAUAUCGCCGGAGCGGAAGAGCAGAUCGUGUCGGACAGGCUCAGGAGGAAGCUCAGCGAAGUAAAUGCGGCAGCCCAGGUCCAUCUAUCUGGGGUUCAGGACCAUGUCAACUUCACCCUUCAGCAAGCUUAUUUUAAGUGCGCGUACGAGUGCUUUGACAGGAGGAGGAGGCAGGAUGAAAUAAGUAGCUGCGUCGAGCACUGCAGUGUUCCUGUUGUCAGUGCUCAGCAACAUGUUGAGAACGAGAUGGCGAAAUUUCAAGAAAGACUGAACAGGUCCUUAAUGGUCUGCCAAGACAAAUUUGAGGCAGCUAAGCUACAACAGAUUAGGCCCAACGCCAUGAAAGAUUUAGAGUCAUGUGUCGAGCAGUCGAUUGAUGAUACCAUCAAGACACUCCCACAUCUUGUGAACAAACUCAAGUCCUCACUUGCCAUUAGUGAUUGAAUUUGAGGGUAGUUUCCACAAUUUGAGAACCAAUGCAGCGCAGAAAUGGUUUUACUGUUCCUUCUACCCGUCCUAGAUUGAUGUUUCGGGGACAGGUUUGAGAAAUGUUUUGGGAUGUGGAGAGCUUAGAGGAUUACACCAAUUACAUGUUCUUUCACAAGUAUUUUGAUUGACUACUAUUGUUGUUCCGACCAAGUACCACUGGCACCAGUGUUGUUCAUGAGCUUGUUGGCUAUUCAAGCCAAUUUUGUUCAA